AUGACAUGGGAGGAGGAGGAAGAGGAGGGAACUAGGGUGAAAGCAAAAGGGGAUUUGGAGUUGAAGGAAGAAGAGGAGAUCUGUGAGACUGGAAAACUGGUUGGCCCACUGGCAAGGGCCAUGCCCACCCCAGUGCCCCACAAUAGGGAGACCUGGUUUUCUGAGGCAUGGGAAUAUUUCCACCUGGCUCCAGAAAAAGCUGGGCACCACCCCAACCAGUAUGCCAUCUGCCAGCUGUGUGGCAGGCAGGUUAGUUGUGGCCUUGGGGCUAAUGUGGGCACCACAACCCUGUGGAAGCACCUGAAAAGCAUUCACAAAAAGAAGCUGGAGAAGAGUGGCCAUGAUCAUGCAGAGCAGCACCAGGACCUAAGGACUCAAAGGUCUUAGCUUCCCAUGGGCACUGAGGGCAACCGGGCCAGGCUCCUGGAGCAGGUGGGAGCCCUGGCUUUAUGGGCCAGCCAAAGGGAGAAGGAGGUACUUAGGAGGGAGAAGGCAGUGGACUGGCAGGAGAGGGCUGUAGAAAGGAGAGAGUGAGCAGUGGAGGAAGUGGAAAGUGCCAUCCUGGAGAUGAAGUAGAAGGUGAGGGCUGAGAAGGAGGCAUGCUAGAGGGAGAAAGACCUGCCUGCAGCAGCUCAUCCUUUGCAUGUUUUAUAA